AGCUCACUGCUGCAAAGCCGCCGCAAAAUCGCAGCUUCCAUGGGAGCUACGCCAAAUCGAAGGUCAAGGAGGAGCUACGCGCGGCUUCUCCUAGGGCUCCUACUGCUACGGUUUGGUGGGUGCUUGGAAGCGGCUGAUCAUGGCGGGCGCGCGGAGGAAGGAGGAGGGGUGUUUCCGGUGGUGGUGAGCACUUGGCCUUUCCGGGAGGCGGUCAGGGCGGCAUGGGAAGUGGUGUCGGCCAGUGGCGCAGCUGGUUCGGCCGUGGAUGCCGUCGUCGCCGGCUGCUCCGCCUGCGAGGUGCUCCGCUGCGAUGGCACAGUUGGCCCAGGCGGAAGCCCAGAUGAGAAUGGUGAAACUACAUUAGAUGCUCUUAUCAUGGAUGGGACCACAAUGGAAAUUGGAGCUGUCGCUGCCAUGAGAUACAUAAAGGAUGGAAUCAAGGCGGCAAAGUUGGUUAUGGACCAUACUGAACAUACUCUUCUUGUUGGGGAGAAGGCAACAUCCUUUGCAAUUUCAAUGGGACUUGCAGGGCCAGCUGACCUGAGCUCACCAGAGUCUAUCGAGAAAUGGACAAUUUGGAGACAGAACCAUUGUCAACCCAACUUUUGGAAAAAUGUUGUUCCUGCUGGUAACUGUGGCCCAUACCAUCCUAUUGACGUACCAUCAGGGGAGUCUAAGGCCUCUGUCAAACAUGUGCUAAAACGGACACAGGGGGAGAUUUGUCAAGGAUUGUUUGAACAUGAUAAUUUUCUGGAGCCAGUGAACCCCCAUCUAAAAUCCAUUAAUCGCCACAACCAUGAUACAAUCUCUAUGGCUGUGAUUGACAAGAUGGGCCAUGUAUCAGUUGGUACAUCGACAAAUGGUGCUACAUUCAAAGUUCCAGGAAGGGUAGGUGAUGCACCAAUACCAGGAUCUUCUGCAUAUGCUGAUGAUGAAGUUGGUGCAUGUGGAGCAACUGGUGAUGGUGAUAUUAUGAUGCGCUUCCUUCCAUGUUACCAGGUCAUAGAGAGCAUGCGACAAGGGAUGGAGCCUCGGAAUGCUGCCAUGGAUGCUAUCUUAAGAAUUGCCCGCAAGUACCCGGAUUUUGUUGGUGCUGUAUUUGCAAUCAACAAGAAAGGAGUGCAUGCCGGGGCAUGCCAUGGAUGGACAUUCCAGUAUUCUCUCAGGAAUUCUAGCAUGCAGGAUGUGGAGGUCAUCACUGUAGCACCUUAACGUGGGCUUAUUAUAAAAGAGAUAUGGCGCAUCGCCAACACAGCAUUUUUCGAAUUGGGGAUACCCCAUUUCCAUUCACCACCAAGUCAUGUUUCUCAUAAUCCAGAAUUUUCUUCAUCCACUCCUAACGCAGCAAAUGGUCCUUGUAUACACAGAUUGGAUACUCAAUUCAUUCUUAAAUCUUAAUGACCUCGUCCGACUCUUGUUUAAGAGAAAUUUGAAUUACAUGUGAUCAACUUUUCUUGCAACAAUCUGUUCAAGUAAUACCAUGCACUCGAGUCGCCUUCAAAGUAGGGAAGCCCGUCUAUCUGGUAUUGCAGGCUUGUAGUUUUCAAAAUUCUCUAGAGUUUGUUGCCUCCUUUGUUGCUUUUGCUUGGUCCUCCUACCUCCUGUUUCUCUCGUUUAUUUUCAUUAUCAUCAUGUCUGCUUAGUACUCUGUACUCCCAAUGUCAA